CAGAGGACGUCUGUUGAACAUGGAUUCUCACACAAACAAGCCCAACGCAAGGGUCUCCAGCAAGGACCCCCCAGCAGUCAAGACCAAUGCUUCAGGCAAGGACCCACAAGCAGCCAAGACCAAAGCCUCAUUACUCUCCAAUGUGAAGGUGUUUGUGAUGUGCCAUAGCCUGCUGCAGUUGUCUCAGCUCCUCCAUACCUCCUACUUUAAGAGCAGCAUCAGCACUAUUGAGCGUCGCUAUGGAUACAGCAGUGUUUCCACCGGAAGCCUGACAUCUCUGCAUGAGGUGGGCAACCUGCUGCUGGUGGUGUUUGUGAGUUACCUAGGCAACCGUGUGCACCGGCCACGUGUCAUUGGCAUGGGUGGUCUUCUCAUGGCAGGAAGUGCCGGGCUGCUGGCCUUACCUCACUUCCUGUCUCAGCCAUACCAGUAUAACUCAGCUCUAGCAGAGGAAGAAGGUGACAUAUGUGUGAUGAAUGGAAACUCAUCCUCCCCACUGCACUGCCAUGCGCUGAGUUCCCAUCAUGCCUCACUGCAGCACGUUCCAUGGGGCCUCAUGGCCACUGCUCAGCUACUCUUUGGCCUUGGCUCCGCCCCCAUACAGCCUCUUGGAAUCUCCUACAUCGAUGACUACUCAGAGCCAGGAAACGCCGCUCUCUAUAUUGCCAUCUUGUUCUCAGUGUCUAUUUUUGGUCCUGCAUUUGGCUACCUUCUGGGCUCGGUCAUGUUGAGGAUCUAUGUGGAUGUGGACCGUAUAGACUCAAGUGCAGAGGUGGAGUUGAACCCAACUGACCCGCGAUGGGUGGGGGCGUGGUGGAUGGGCCUGCUGGUGUCUUCCACCAGCCUACUGCUCACCUCCACCCCCUACUUCCUGUUUCCACGGCACGGACACACGCCCACACAGAUGGAGACAGACUCACUCAAAGGAGACAAAAUCCAGCUGGAGACAUCUUUAAUCAGCAUUAUCAAGAUGUUCCCUAAGCAUUUUCUCAAGCUGAUGACCAACCCAGUGUUCAUGCUGCUGGUGCUGUCCCAGUGCUGUUUCUCCUGUGUGAUCUCGGGCUUAGCCACCUUCCUGGGCAAAUACCUGGAGCUGCAGUUCAGCACCUCCGCUGCUAAGGGAAGCUUCCUCAUGGGCGUGAUGAACCUUCCUGCUGCUGCCAUCGGCAUGCUGCUAGGAGGCGUGGUCAUGAAGAGGACCCAGCCCUCGGCCAGAGCCAUCCCCUGGGUGUCCAUGAUGGUCCUGUCAGUCUCCAUCCUGCUGGGCAUACCCCUCUUCUUCAUGGGAUGCUCCCUGCAGGAGGUAGCUGGGGUCAACCUACACCCGUGGACUGAUGGGUCUGAGUCGGGAUGUGCCUCUAACUGCUCCUGUUUGGACACAACAUUUAAUCCAGUGUGUGGAGAGAACUACCUGGAGUACAUCUCCCCCUGUCACGCCGGCUGCACCAACUAUACUCUACACCCAUCUGAACCAGUCCGAAUCCAGGCCUACACCCAGUGCAGAUGCAUUGUGGGAGCUGCUGGCUUAGGCCAUGCCCUCCCAGGGUCAUGUGGCAACAGCUGCUCCAGUCUCCUCCUCCCAGCCAUGAUCCUCAUCGCCACGGCUGGAUUCAUUGCCAGUCUAACAAACUCCCCCCUCUACAUGCUGGUGCUCAGGUGUGUUUCACAGGAACAAAAGGUCUUUGCCAUUGGGGUGCAGUUUCUGCUGCUCAGGAUGCUGGCCUGGCUGCCAGGGCCCACCCUGUUUGGAGUGGUCAUGGACUCAGCGUGUGUGUGGUGGAAGCGGAUAUGCGGCUCCCAGCUUGGGUCCUGUGGUUACUAUGACAAUGAUCUCCUCCGGAGCAGGUACUUUGGGCUACAGAUGGCCCUGAAGAUCCUGGGCAUUAUUCUGCUCGCUCUGGCCGGCUGGAAGGUGCAGAGGGGACAGGGUUACAACCUGGAGAAGAAAGGCCCGGUAGCUGUCUAACGUGGACCAAUCACCUGUCUUAAUUCCCUUUCUUGGACCAAUCAGAUACUGUGCCUUUAUUCUCUCUCAAGGACCAAUCAGAUACCUUCCCUACCUGUCAGGGACCAGUGAUCUGCCUUCAUUCCCUCUCAAGAACUAUUCAAAUGCCUUCUUGACCUUACAAGCAUGAAUUUCCCUCAUUCUCUUUCAAGGACCAAUCAGAUACCAUCUUUCCUUCCAUCUCAACCAAUCAGCUUUUCCUUGCCUAUAUAGGAGUUGACUGUGAAACAGAUCUGAUCCUAAUCCAGAAUUUAACAGUGUUUUAUCUCUGCUUCAAGUUGUGUGUUUUUUUGUAUUGCCAAACACAAGUGAAAUGUAUUAUAUCUGUGCAAGUGGUUAAAGGAAACUGACCCCUGACACUAUAGCACUAUACAAUAUCAGCUUCAGUAUGCAAUUAAUAUGUAUACACUAACUCACAGGCUAAUCGUUUGAUCCCUGAUACGUUUUGGUAAUGCUGUAGGAUAGGUUAAUAGAGUUGUUUCAAUUUUACUUUACCUUUUGAAUCAUGUUACAGCCGCAGGUUAGCUAGCCACAGGUAAAAAAAAAAGUAUUUUCAUCAACAUAGUCUACAUAUUGUAUGUUUGAUACCAUGGAACCACCAUGAACUACUAGCCUGACAUAGUCACACUCAAUUCUAUUCAGAAUUUGAGUCUGAUACUGCUUGAUUGGGAUGUGAUCAUGGGGCGUGUUUCAACUGACAGGAGGGAAAAUGCCUCUGCACUCAAUUGGAUAGACCUAACUAAUCAGAGCAACGAAAUAGCCUACCGUGAAUCCUGAACCAAAACAUCCUUCUUCUCGCUGCUUCUCGUUUUUCAAAGUUAUUGCACUGUCAAUAGGCUAUCUUGUACAACAGUGACAGUGAAAUUUAAAUGUAGGCUAUAGCUUCUCUAGCGACAACAACAACUUUUUUUGUAAACAAAAUCAACCAAAGUGCACUCAGGUGACGUGAUAGAGUAGGCACCAUUGCUCAUCUGUCCAUCAUUGAAUAAAGCCUACCCAUACAAUUUGAACUGCUCUGGUUUGGGCAUAGUUGCUUCUCAAUGGAACAAAUCCAGACCGAAUUUCCUGACUUUAAAUUUUGUGGUCGGGGUUAAAAUUUGGGCUAGCUUCCAGGCUAAUGAACUACUGCUGUGGACCAAGACUUCUACAAAAGAAUAUACGUUUAAUAUUCUACAAUAGUGAUGACAGACUGUGCAUAUUCUUAGCCUAAAAUGUUGUCAAUAUUAUGUCUACCAGCUGUAAAUGCAGUUCAAAGUAUCAUAAAAAACUCUGUUGCAUAGAUGUAUCCAUACUAUCCAUGUAUCCUCUAAUAUCAGACAUUCUGGUCUCAGUGAAAAUGGUUUUCAAGCUGAAAUGAAUUGAUCAAAAAUACCUCUUGAGCUUUUCUUUGUAUUUCUGACACA